AUGCAGUCAAGCUUUUCCAUCACCGUCGCCGGCGCUGCCCAAAUCUCCGAUCCGUACAUCAUGAUGGGUCAGUCGGGCAACCAGAGCGAGGUCGAUAUCCACAACACACGUACGCUUGAAUCGGAAACGGCCACUAAAGAUCUGAAUAUGCAAACCAGGAAGAUUAAGCAUGACGUCAUCGGAGUGAUCGAGGCGAGACGAUGCUGCGCACUUAGCCCUGUGUAUGACACUGGAGAAGAGCUGUUCUCAGCAACAUGCGACAGCAGAGGAGUUGGUGUAGUUGGUGUCCUCGUCCACACGAAUAUGGCAAUGAAUAUCGAUUCUUUCGAACGACCUACAACCCGAGUAGGACGUUUACGGAUGAGAAGAUGUGGUUCAAUACAAGCUUUGACUAUCUUCGUCGCUUACGAUCCAGUAUCAAGCUACAAAGAAGUCGACGUUUACUGUACGUAG